AUGGCUACCACCAGACGGGCGGCGACGGGAUGAGGCGAAAUUAGGAAUGUUGGGCUCUGGAAGUAGCUCAGUAGUAGCGCGAUUAGAGGGAGGGAGGCCGACCGCUCCGGUAUAGCGACGAGACCUAUAGUAAACUUGGAGGGAGCGGUAGAAGUGAUGAGGUAGGGACAAGGAGCGGUCCCAGACUUGCAAAAGUUGGACCAAGGGUUUAAUUGGAACCGAGAAGUGUUGCUUGAAGUGUACAGGAAGAGUUUGACUCCAGGGAAUUAGCCAGGGUUUUUUGUGUAAGAAAGGGGGAAGCAAGAUUUAGGAGUUGAGAAAGUAGACUGGAUUGGCUUUUCUAGGAAGGACCCAAGUGACUUUGUUGAUAGCGUGUCCGUAGUGAGAUGGCAUUUAUGUUAAUUAAGUUAGUCAAGAUUGAGUUACCUGGAAAAGGCCCUGCUUCCAUCUUCUUGUUUUCCAGCCACUUUAGGCCAAGGCACUGUAGGUCACCUUUCUUAAUUUAAGGAGGUUGGGAGGAAGUGGCCCAGAAUGGCAACCAGAUGUUAGAGUUAAACCUGCAAACCUCAUGUUCUCGGUCCUGGGCCAAAACUGUACCUGAGAUUCAUUCUACUGAGCUUGUCCAUUGCUUUUCUGGAGUGGAAGAGUGAUUUUGCUCUGAUUUUUUUCCCUUUGACCGAAAAAUUACUUAUGAACCCUAAGCAGUCCAGUUUUAUUUAAUGGAGGCCCAGUUAUUAGUUAUGUUAGUUAAAAACUAGUUAUUAGGCUGGGGGUGUAGCUCAGUUGAUAUGAUGGUUCUCACUAGCAGGCUUGAAGCUGUGUAAAGCCAGAUGUGCCGGGGCUGCUCUGUAAGUUCUUCUCUUGGAAGAGAAGGAUGUUCAAGGCCAUCCUAGGUAGCACAGCAAAAUUGAGGACAAGCUGGGUGGUGGUGAUCCCAGGGCUCAGGAGGCAGAGAGAGGCGGAUCUCUAUGUGUUCGAGGCUAGCUUGGUCUACAAUAGCUAGUUCCAGGACAGGCUCCAAAACUACAGAGAAACCCUGUCUCGAAAAAAAAAAAAUUGAAGACAGCCUAGGAUAUGUUGGGUCACACUUCACACACACACACAAAGAAAAAAGAAAACAAGUGUGGUCUCAUCUAAGACCGGAGACUAGGAAGAUCUCUGAGUUCAAGUUCAGCCAGGUUUACAUAAAAAGACCUUGUCUCAGGGGGAAAAAAGAGUCAAGCUUGCUGGCACACACUUUUAAUCUCAGCAUUUGAUAGGCACAGGCAGGUGGCUCUCUUGAGUUCGAGGCCAGUCUGGUCCACACAGAGUUCCAGGAGGGCCAGAAUUACCGAGAAACCCUGUCUUGAAAUGUCGAAAGAGGGAAAACCCAGUUAUUUUCUACCUAGUAAAUACAGGGUGGUAGGGAAGAUACAGAUGGAUAGACAGCCACUUUGGUGCUGUUCCACAGCUUUGUCAGAGGUCUGGCCAGAUGUGUGAGAGACAUUUAUAGGACCACACCCUGGUCCCUCUAACUGAAUUCCUGCCCUUGUACUACUACUCCUAAUGGAGGAAUGCGGGAGGGGGUAGGGCUUGUUGUUAAUAACUAAAACAGUUGUGUAAACUAAAGCUGUAUUUUGUUUGCUUGUGAAGAACUCCGGAGGGCACAGCUGCAUAUAGCUUAUUGCAGCAGAGAUGGACUGUGGCAGUAUUUGUCAGUCACAUACUUGUCACCUGUCACGAACUGUGGCUCAGACCUGAAGGUCUUCAUGGAGUCACGCUUGAGAUGCCUCAUCCCCGAAGGUACCAUUCCUCAGAGCGUGGUAGCCGGGGGAGUUAUCACGAACACUAUCGGAGCCGAAAGCAUAAGCGAAGAAGAAGUCGCUCCUGGUCAAGUUCCAGUGACCGGCCAAGGCGGCGGCGGAGGGAGGACAGCUAUCACCUUCGAUCCCGAAGCAGCUAUGACGAUCACUCAUCUGACCGGCGGGUUUAUGAUCGUCGGUACUGCGGCAGCUACAGACGCAAUGACUGUAGCCGGGAUCGAGCAGAGGCCUACUAUGACACAGACUUUCGGCAUUCCUAUGAGUACCAUCGGGAGAACAGCAGUUACCGAAGCCAGCGCAGCAGCCGGAGGAAGCACAGACGGCGGAGGAGACGUAGCCGCACAUUCAGCCGCUCAUCUUCACAGCACAGCAGCCGGAGAGCCAAGAGUGUAGAGGACGACGCUGAGGGCCACCUCAUCUACCACGUCGGGGACUGGCUACAAGAGCGAUAUGAAAUUGUAAGCACCUUAGGAGAAGGGACCUUUGGCCGCGUGGUGCAGUGUGUGGACCAUCGCAGGGGCGGAGCAAGAGUUGCCCUGAAGAUCAUUAAGAAUGUGGAGAAGUACAAGGAAGCAGCCCGACUAGAGAUCAACGUGCUAGAGAAGAUCAAUGAGAAAGACCCCGACAGCAAGAACCUCUGUGUCCAGAUGUUUGACUGGUUUGACUACCAUGGCCACAUGUGUAUCUCCUUUGAGCUUCUGGGCCUUAGCACCUUCGAUUUCCUCAAAGACAACAACUACCUGCCCUACCCCAUCCACCAAGUGCGCCACAUGGCCUUCCAGCUCUGCCAGGCCGUCAAGUUCCUCCAUGAUAACAAGUUGACACACACGGACCUCAAACCUGAAAAUAUUCUCUUUGUGAAUUCAGACUACGAACUCACCUACAACCUAGAGAAGAAGCGAGAUGAGCGCAGUGUGAAGAGCACAGCUGUGCGGGUGGUAGACUUCGGCAGUGCCACCUUUGACCAUGAACACCAUAGCACCAUUGUCUCCACUCGCCAUUACCGGGCCCCAGAGGUCAUCCUUGAAUUGGGUUGGGCACAGCCUUGCGAUGUGUGGAGCAUAGGCUGUAUCAUCUUUGAGUACUACGUUGGCUUCACGCUCUUCCAGACCCAUGACAACAGAGAGCAUCUAGCCAUGAUGGAAAGGAUCUUGGGUCCUAUCCCUUCUCGGAUGAUCCGAAAGACAAGAAAACAGAAAUAUUUUUAUCGGGGUCGCCUGGAUUGGGAUGAGAACACAUCAGCGGGGCGUUACGUGCGUGAGAACUGCAAACCACUGCGGCGUUAUCUGACCUCAGAGGCAGAGGAACACCACCAGCUCUUCGAUCUGAUUGAAAGCAUGCUAGAGUAUGAACCUGCUAAGCGGCUGACCUUAGGUGAAGCCCUCCAGCACCCUUUCUUCGCCUGCCUUCGGACUGAGCCACCCAACACCAAGUUGUGGGACUCCAGUCGGGAUAUCAGUCGGUGACAAUCAGGCUUUGGACCCUCCUGCUGCUUGUGUAGCAGUGGGUGUCCAGUCCAGGACACUGGUGCUUUUUUAUACAAGAGAACAGAGCCAGAACUCAGCCCUCUCCUGCCCUUGGCUCCUUUAUACCUGUAAAUAUGUGAAAUAGUGUAUAUAUGACAGAACUUGUACCUGUCACCUCAACUCCUGCCGUGUAUAUACUGCUCUUACACUCUUCCAACCGCAUCUGCCUCUCGUGGAGUUGAUGUGCGGCAGAGUGAGGUAACCAGGUGGUGUCUACCCCAUGUUUUAUAAGGGAUUUUGUACAGUCUUUGUGAAAUAAAUGCUUCAUCUGACCCCCAUCCCUGGAAUUUGAGGAUCAAGGGUAUUGGGGUAAAGGGGUGAAACAAUUAGUAGCUAUUCUGAAUUUGGGUACAAAGGCAGAUAUUUGCCUUCCCAAAUUAGAGCCAAGACUAUGAAUUUAAAUGCACUUUAUUUUCGAAGGUAGUAAAGAUUAAAACAGAUGCAAUCAGGUAGAAGUUGUGUGAUCUGGAGUAGUUACUGUUGGGAAAUAGCUUUGACCCUGUAAAUAAGUGGGCAUGUGACGGUAGCCAUGAGGCUGUCCCCUCUAGUAGAGCCAGAAACCCAUAUAGAAAACAGCCUUCCGCUGGCGGUGGUAGCCCACGCCUUUAAUCCCAGCACAGAGAAAGGCAGAUCUCUGAGGCCAACCUGGUCUACAAGAGCUAGUUCCAGGACAGGCUCCAAAGCUACCGAGAAACCCUGUUUCGAAAAACAAAAAAGAAAACAGUCUCCAGCCACUGUCCAGUGCAAAAACUUCCCAUUUGUGUUCCGUUCCUUUACGUGAGGUCACCUGGGAUGAGAAGUUCUUGCCUGCUAGCAGUCACGUGGAGGAAGUGCGGCGCUAGACUGCAGAGACUGGUUCAGGGUUAUCACGUGAGGUGCUUCCCGCUUAAGUUUUUUUACUGAGGCGCAAGCGCAGUUUGCUGCUGCUGCGGGAAUCUUAGCGACUCUUCCGGUUGUUUCAACCAAUUGGAACACAGAGAAGCGGGUAGACCGAGCGCACCGAGGGAGUUCUCAGGGCCGCCGGCACCGUACUCCCGCGGCAGGGGCGUGGAGGGCAGGGGCGGCCGGCCUCAC